ACGGGUAAUCAAUUAAUUAAUGAUCAGCAAUUCAAUAACGCAGUUUUGAAUAUCCAACUCCAGCGCUUCCAGCGACAAGGUCUUAUAAACGAGGGCUGCAGAGCUGUGAUUACCUUGGUGACGACUCUUCUUUCCGCCUGUAGCACCGGCGCUGUCAUCAGCGUGACUGCCCAAAAUCCAUGCUGCUUGUUGACUCCUUCUCACAUCUCACCUUAUGCCUUGAGCUGCAGGAUGUCUGCGACAAAAAGAGCACUGCCAUGGUUGUCGCUUACUCGGCGAUGCGUCAUACGCCGCACACCUCGUGAGACGGUACACAGCAGGCGGUUUUCCUCGUCAAGAUUGAGCAAUGCUCCGGCCCCGGCGCUGGCCGUUGCUAACUUUCCUGCCUCUUCUCAAGUCGAUGCAUCAGCCAUCGGGGAUCUGCUCACUCUACUCAAAAGCCAGACCUCGAGUCAUAGCGGUCAUGACGCCGCCCUCGUUCUGGCAACUCCCGGCUUCACCAAGUUCGCUGCGGAUGAUGACAUCUGCAAGGCCUUGGCGCAGAACCUCGCCCCAAGCACAGACAAAGUCGAUCAGUUUAAUUUGCUGUUUGGUAUAGUUGACGCGGUGGCAUGCGCGCCACAUACCCGCCGAGACUGUGAGGGUGUCGCUCUCAUGCGAGGCUCCUUGAACAGCUGCUGCCCACAGCUGUGGGAAUCAUCAGGAGCCCGGACACCGGACAACAAGCAUGAUAUGGGCUCAAUUGGCUUCCAUUUGGAGGGUGUUUCGGCAGUCACCAUGCCUCUGGCUCGCACCACGUUCCGCAAUGGGCUUUCAUCGACUUUGGUCGCACUGCGAUACCAGCUUGGCUCAGAUGGACCGAAGCUCAUUGAGCGCAGAAGCGUUCUCAGCAGGGAUGUACUACUACCCAGGACGGAGCUUGCUACGGAGGAUGAUCGGCACUUACGCUUGCCUCUCCAAGCCGUCACACCCCCGAGGAAGAUUGCCGAGAGCUUUGGCAAUAUUUUGCGUCGCGUGGAAGUGAACGGCAAGUCUGUUCCGGCGUCGACGGAACUUGAAAAGGCCAUCAACAGUUCCCAAGAUCAUAUCGACGCCCGCAAUAGCCGGAGCGAUGGUGGAUUCCCCGGCAUAUGGGCGAUGGUCAGUCCUGCCUCUCGCGGGGGAGUUGGGGAGCACCCAUGGACCGUCGAUUCGAGGACUGUGGAUGCCGGCACCAAAAAGCCCGUGCGGCUUGAAACCAUCCAACAAGGCCUUCAGAAUGGCGGCCGUCUAUUCAAAUUAUUGAGCGGAGGUGGUGGUUGGGGCGACAAGGCAGGCCUCCUAUCUCUCGACCCGGAUACCUCACCGCUGCCGCCUACGGAAGAGGAGCAAUUCGCCAAUCUAUUUGGCUCUGACGAUGGGACCAGUAGCUUUGCGCCAGUGGGAGCUGAGGUUCAGUUCUUCAUGCCCGACGCGGGCUCAUAUUCAGAUCCUGCCGUUGCCGUCGGCGCCGACCUAUCUCACGCCUUUACGUUUGGUGUUGUCGAUGAUUUGCCGCCGCCUGAACUGAGGGAUGACAAUGGGUCCGAGAUUCAGAUAACCCAAGGUGUAUUCGGCGUAUCGUCAGAACAAGGGUUCUUUGUCGCAGAUCCCAAAGGCCAACCUUUCAAGGUCAACAUGCCUGGUUCCCUGCUCAAUCUGCCCUAUGGAGCUCAAGACAGCUCUUGAAGAUGCCAUGUAAAGGCGCCACACAUCAAUGUGUGUGUAUAUAUCUAUGUAUCAAUGUAAUAUGUACAAGGUC